CAGACAUUUACGUUAUUGGGUGAUAGAGCAAUUAGACAGUUCAUCGAGGCCUGUAAGCUGUAAGGGGGGGCAGGAGGAUCUGCAAGUAAGGUCGAGCUAUACCCGGGGUUGAAGAUCGAGACGGGCAACCUCAGUCAAGCGGUGUUGAACAUCCUAUCAAAUUCCAGCGCCAAGAGGCCUCCCUGAAGGGUAGUGGUCUAGGGGCCAUCAACAAAGCUGCCAUCACCGUCACGCCUCCUCGCAUUCUCCAGCGAGGACCCAAAUGAUCGGCACGUUUUUAUACGGUGUUGCGCUACUCUUUUUAGAAGUCCCCGUCCUUCUCUACGCCACAUAUCUGAGUAGUAGGGAGGGAAGGGGAUUCUCACAACGCUUGGCCUGGGCCGCCCCGACCUAUCCCUACGCAUGUACGUGCAUACCUAUACGUAGUCCCGGUCCAGGUCUGGGGCACCUCUUCCUGGUAGAGGCACGCAGCCUAGGCUGUUCCCCGUCCGGGUCCCACUGCGGGACGACGUACAGCAUGUAUGUACGCAAGCCAGCACCCGAGACCCGCCGGACCCAGCAGCGGCGGCGACGACAGAGACGGCAGGGAGACGGCGGGAGCCGCAGCAGAUAUGACUCGAAGAGGGAGGAAGAUUCCACAAUGUCGCCGACGGGCUGGGAUAGAGGGGAACACGACACACAUCUGAAGUAGGUAGACAGAGCGCACCCUGGACUCUCACCUACCUACCGUGCCACCUCUGUACUACCACCAUUACCAC